AUAACUGCAAUACGAUAAAGACGAGAGAGUACAGACUUUGUAAGUUUGUAACACCGAGCUAGUUCUAGAAAGAUCUUUGAAUUCAGAAUAUUCAUUGUGCCACCCGCGUGUUCGGUUUUAAAUAAAUUCAGCAUUUUUAAUCAUGAGUAAAUUGGCUGUAAAAGCAAUUUCACGGUUAAUUCCUUUGGGAGAUCGUGUAUUAGUACAACGAGCUGAAGCCAUAACCAAAACUAAAUCCGGUAUUAUUAUUCCUGAAAAAGCUGUAGCGAAAACAUUGAGAGCAACUGUUAUUGCAGUAGGACCCGGUUCCAGAAAUACACAAGGAAAUCAUGUGCCCAUCCAAGUAAAACCUGGUGAUGAAGUUUUAUUACCUGAAUAUGGUGGUACCAAAGUUGAAGUUGAAGAUGAUAGAGAAUAUCAUUUAUUCCGUGAAGCCGACAUUCUCGCUAAACUAGAAUAGUUACAUUUUUAUUGAUUUUUUUUUGUACAUAUUUAUAUAUAGUAUUUUUUUUGUUUGAUAUUCAAAUGUAUAAGAAAAAUACUAUUCCACAAAAUUAACGAUAGCCAAAAGAUUAUUUUGUAGUUUUGUAAAAUUUUAAGUUUGUUAUUU